AUGGCGGAAGGCCACAUCACCAACGCAGAGGCACCCCAGUUCUUCACAAGACUCGCAGCCCUCCUAGACACUAACCGCGAAAAAGGCCAUGGCUCUGUCUAUCUCACACAAAAACGCAUGGCCCUCUCCCCCGACGCCGCGCCGUCACCCACCAAAGUCGCGGACGACCCACUAUGGGAUACGCACCCCGCAAAUCCUCUCCCUGUAAUCGUCCGCGCAAGCGACACCAAGGAAGAUAAGGCGAAGGAUGGUAGUAGGAGGGAUAAGCCGAAGAUAAAGUUCUCGACGAUAGUUCAGCCGGAUGCGCUGGAUGCGUUCUAUGCGCGGUAUGCAGAGACUUGCAAGGCGGGUAUGUCGGCGCUGAAGAAGAGGGACCGGUCGAAGAGGAAGAAGGAUAAGCGGAAGAAGGCGAAGACGGGGGAUGAGAAGAAAGGAUGA